ACGGCCCAGCAUGGCUUCCCGCACAAACCGUCGGCGCUGGCGUACGACCCGACGAGCCGGCUGAUGGCCAUCGGAACCAACAGUGGCAUCAUCAAGGUGUUUGGCCGGCCGGGGGUGGAGUUUUACGGCCAGCAUCCGGCCAGUACGAACGCGGCGGAUUUGAUCGUCCAGCUGCUGGAGUGGAUUCCCGGCAGCGGUCGGCUGCUGUCGUUGACGGCGUCGAACCAGCUGAUUCUGUGGGAACCGGCGGGGACGAUGCUGGUUCCGAUCAAGACGCUUCCGUUCGACGGCAAGUUGAAGAAGAUUUCGUCGCUGUGCUGUUCGUACAUGAAGGACACGGUGUGGAUCGGGACGGAGGGCGGCAACGUGUACCAGUUCGACAUCCGGAGCUUUUCGGUGCGGGAACCGGUGAUUUACCACGACGUCGUGCUCGAGCAGCUGCCCCAGUCGUACAAGCUGAACCCGGGGGCGAUCGAGUCGGUGAAGCAGCUGCCGCACAACCACAACCAGCUGUUGAUCGCGUACAACCGGGGGUUGGCGGUGCUGUGGGACUUGGAGGCAUCGAACGUGAAGCGAUCGUUCAUUUCGCCGGGCCACGGACAGAGCGUUGGGCUGUUUAUUUCACCCUGUGGGACGCAGUUUACGUGGUACCACGCGGACGGUUCGUUUGCCACGUGGGACCUGGACAGUACGAUCCCGCCGGAGAACCAGAAGUACGUGCCGUACGGGCCCGAUCCGUGCAAGGCGAUCGAUCGGUUGAUCCGCGGCAAGCGUGGCCUGUGCGAGUUGGUGGUCUUUGCCGGAGGAAUGCCACGGUCGGCGUACGGUGAACGUCAGUGCGUUUCGGUGCACUGCCGGGACGGGACCAAGGUCGCGUUCGAUUUCACCUCUAAGGUGAUUGACUUUUUUGUGACGUUCAACGAGGAACGCGAGGAUCAGGCAGAGGUGCUGGUCGUGCUGCUCGAGGAGGAGCUGGUCGCGUACGACUUGACGGACGAAACGUUGCCCCAGAUCAACGCUCCGUAUCUGCACUCGUUGCACGCCUCGGCCGUGACCUGCAACCAUCUGGUGUCGCAGGUUUCGGCGGAAGUUUACGCCAAGAUCGCCCGCGCAGGUGAAGCGCAACUCGCCGAGUACAGCUCGAAGGCGUGGCCCAUUAACGGGGGGUCGGUUAAGGAGGAAUCGGCCGAUGAGCAUGGUGAAGAGGAGUACGAUCUGAUGAUCACCGGGCAUGAAGACGGGUCGGUCAAGUUUUGGAACUGCUCGGAGGUGUGUCUGACUCCGCUGCUGCACGUCAAGACUUCGCCGCUGUUUUUGAACGCCGACGCCGAUUUUGAGGAUCAUGCGUUGAAUACUUCGACGGAACAGCUGGAGGAUGGGGAGCCACCGUUCCGUAAGGCAGGUCAGUUUGACCCGUACUCGGACGAUCCGCGUCUCGCGGUGAAAAAGGUACAACUCUGUCCUAAGACUGGCACGCUGAUAAUCGCUGGAACCGCCGGUAAUGUAGUGGUGGCCAACUUUGAGCCCGCUCCGGAGGAAGCAGGCCCGCUGAAGCUGACCACCAUGAAUCUGGUGAGCGAUCGCGACGGCUUUGUCUGGAAGGGACACGAUCAGCUGAAGGUCAAACGACAGCUGCUGGAGGAGAACACCCCGUUUUUGGAAGGCGUCAACUUCUUCAGUGUGCUGCAGGUGCUGCCACCGGCAGCCGUGACCUGCAUCGCCGUCCAGAGCCAGUGGAGCUUGGUGGCCGCGGGAACCGCCCACGGUCUCGUCCUGUUCGAUUACCACACCCAGAGUCCGGUGCUGAACAAGUGCACCCUCAAUCCGAACGAUUUGACCGGAGCCGGAGAGACGCUGUCGCGGCGCAAGUCGUUCAAGAAGACGCUCCGCGAAUCGUUCCGACGGCUGCGUAAGGGAAGAUCUACGCGGAACGCCGGCGGUCAAGCGGCGACCACUCCGGCCGAGACGCGCCCCGUCGAGCGGCAGAUCGAGGCACGCGCCGUGGACGACGGCAUGGGUUCGAUGGUGCGCUGUUUGACCUUCGCCCAGACGUACCUCACCAGCCAGCAGCACACCAUUCCGACGCUGUGGUCCGGCACGAACUCGAGCUGCGUUUCGGUGUUUGUGCUGCACGUUCCACCGAGGCAGCAGCAAGCUCCGGCGGUGCAGCCCGGCGAGGCCAACGUUGACGCAGGGGACGUCCCGCCGCCGAAGCCCGUCACCGGACAGCUGGCGAAGGAGAUUCAGCUGAAGCACCGCGCGCCGGUCAUCGCGAUCGCCAUUUAUGAUCAGCAUGGCGUCCCGCUGGAGUUCCAACCCACGCCCGGUCCGGGCCCGCACAAGGUCCUCAUCGCGAGCGAGGAGCAGUUCAAGGUGUUUUCGCUGCCCCAGCUGAAGCCCGUCAACAAGUACAAGCUGACGGCGCACGAAGGCGCCAGAGUCCGUCGCAUCGCGUUCGCCACCUUUUCGUGCACCGUUCCGGCGCACGCCCUGCAGCAGCACAGUCCUUCGAAGGCCACCGCUUCGGCGUCGCCCUCGGCGGAAGCGCUCAACACGAGUACGGCCGAAUCUGGCGUUGGCACUGGCGCAACGUCGGACGCAACCACCCUAACGCACUCCGAAAUAAGCCUGCUCUGUCUGACGAACCUCGGCGAUUGUCUGGUGCUGUCGAUUCCGGAGCUGAAGCGCCAGCUAAAUGCGGCCGCCGUGCGGCGCGAGGAUAUCAAUGGAAUUUCCUCGCUCUGCUUCACGAACCACGGCGAGGCGCUGUACAUGAUGUCCUCGUCGGAGGUGCAACGAGUGACGCUGUCCACCACCAAGAUCGUCUCGCCGACCGGGUUCAUCGAGGUCGAGGAUUGGUCCCACGUUGAGGAGGCGGACGAUGACGAGGGGGGAGCGCCUGCUGCAGCAGCAGCAGCUGUCGUCGAGGCGGCUGAAGAAGCGGUUGAGACCGGUGCCACCGAGAAGGCCAUCGACGUGCGGACGCCGCUCGCGAUCGCCGUCACGGCCAUCAACGGAACGACCAACGGCGACGGACACUUGACCAACGGGGUGAACGGAACCGGCGGAAGUGGGGACGAGGGCGCGUCACCGAACAAGGCCAACGAAACGAUCACCAGCUCGAUCGGGGACAUUACGAUCGACUCGGUGCGGGACCACCUGAACUCGACCACGACGACGCUCUGCUCGACGACCACGGAGGAGAUUGUGGGUCGCCUCUCGGUGCUGAGCACCCACUCCAACAACGUGUCCUCGUCGGCCAAGACGUCCGAAAUUACCGCCCUCAACUCGUCCAACAUCAAGGACCUGAAGCUGGUCGGCGACUCGACGGAGACGGCCGCCAACUCGGUCAUCAUCAAGUCGGUCAUCACGACGGUCAAGCACGGCAUCGGGCACGUCAACGGGAGUGCGGCGACGACGACGACGACGACGACAACGGAAAGCAGCAAGACCAUUACAGGUGGGGCGUCGUCACCGCCGCCGGUGGCGGUUCCGCUGCUCCGGAAGGAGAGCCAGUUUUAAGGAAGGUUUGACGGACGACGGUCGAGAGCAGAGUUAAGUUUGAGCUAGUUUAUUAACGAUAACGACGUAUUUUUUUUUACUGCGAUGGACGCUUUUCUAGUGUGGAAAAGAGUCGAGUAUUUUUUUCUUUUCUAUUUUAAAUUAGUGUUUUAGUUAAGUUAGUGGGAGGGAUGUGUUUAUUGGACGAGAAUUAAAAAUUCAAAUGUGCGAAAUUCGUUGUUGAGUCUUUUUACUACGGACAGAUGGACGCAUUUAUCGACGAACGUUGUGAUAAUCUUAUGCCGCAGACAGAGAAAUGCGGAAUCACACACUUAAUAUAUUACUUGUAACACAAACCAGCAAAUGCCUUUCAAACCUUGAUGUAAUUAACAAAUAAGCAGGUUAAUAUAAAAGUGACAAUUCCCCAUUUAAAGUUAAACGACAUCGAAGAAUUAGAAGAGAAAAAUAUAACGAAAAACUUUUACAACAACAAAAAACACGAAAGUAUUGAAACUGCUGCUAGUUUAUUCUUCUGCUAAA